AUGCGCUUUUCGGUCUUUACUCUCCUAGGGCUGGCCGCUACCGGUGGCUACGCCGGCAACUCUCCAUCCUCUACGGUCGCUUCUACGGUGAGCAGCGGACAGGCUGGAAUUCAGGAUGCGGCGGAUCCCUCGUCCAUCCUGAUUCCCCGACAAUACGGAAUUCCUACCGACCCGAUCUCGGUUACGACAUCUGUACAAGGCACCGUGGUCCCACCUUCGACGAACGUCUAUAUCCCCUCGGUCGCCUCCAGCGUGGUUGCUGUCCCGCCUCCAUACAUUGUGUCUUCGGUGCAGGGCUCUCCCCGCCCGCCUCCGUCUUCCGUAGUCGCUAUACCGCCGCCUACAAUUGUGUCUUCGGUACAAGGUACUCCCCAACCGUCUACAUCCUCUGCAGUCGCUCUCCCGCCACCGUCCAUUGUGUCUUCAGUGCAAGGCUCUGCGAGCCCGUCUUCUGCAGUUGCUGUCCCACCCCCAUCGAUCGUGUCUUCAAUGCAGGGUUCCGCAACUCCAUCUUCAGUGGUAUGGAGCAGUCUGCCCUCGUCUCAAGCCGUCUCGUCUCAAUCAGCAUCUUCGGUGCAAGCGUCUGCGCCUCCAUCCUCAGUACAAGCACCUGUUCCGCCAUCCUCUACUGUGUGGAGCAGCCAGCCUUCGUCCCAAGCUGGUUCUUCAUCUUCUCAACGGGCGUCAUCCGUGUCGCCUCCUGCCCCGUCGUCUUCCGUAGCUUGGAGCAGUCAACAGUCCUCCCAAGCUGCGUCUUCAUCUUCUCAGUGGGCGUCCUCCGUGCCGCCUCCUGCCCCGUCGUCUUCCGCAGCUUCGAGCAGUCAAGCAUCCUCUCAAGCUAGCUCAAGUGUUAUUGUCCUGCCCCCCACUGCAUCAUCGAUUCAGGGAAGUUCUACUGUACCAUCUUCCGGCGCCCCGACAAGCUCGGUCGUUGGACCAUCAGCCGCCCCAUCUUCUGGAGCGUGGAGCUCUUUCGCGGGAUCUGUAACGCCAACGAGUGUAUGGAGCAGCCAAGCCGGUAGCACUUCAACUACAUGGUCAUCGGCAUUACCUGGUACUUCUGUGUCUGCGUCUGGAUCAUUCGUCGCGCCUUCUGGCUCAUCUUCCGUGGCUCAGUCAAGUGCUCAAGGCAGUUCGGCUGCACAAUCGUCUGGAAGCGCGAUCUCAAGCACUAGAUUGACUUCGGUCCAGGGCAGCACUACUGCAGAAGGCAUCAUCAUCAUCCCCACUGGUAUUUCUGGUAGUAGCACCUCGAAUGGCAUCAUCAUCAUCCCUCCUGGUGUUUCGGGAAGCAGUGCCCCAAGUGGCUCCAUCAUCGUCCCUCCUGGUGUCUCGAGAAGCCGUACUCCAAGUGGCUCCGUCAUUAUUCCUCCUAGUAUCUCGGCAUUCAGUACCUCGAGUGGCUCUGUCAUUAUCCCCACUGGAGUUUCUGGCAGCAGCACCUCGAAUGGCAUCAUCAUCAUCCCUCCUGGUGUUUCGGGAAGCAGUACCUCAAGUGGCUCCCUUCCCGCUCCGAUCGUGAUUGGGAGCAGCACUACACCUCCCAGCCCGAUGCCUACCUCCGUAGGCUGUCCCGAGUUGUGUCGUUCUCUCAGCUGGUGCCUAAAGUAUUGUACGGGCUGGGUAUUUCCUCGCCCUCCCGAUGACGAUCCACCGCACGAAUGUCUUGACCCAGCCAAUUACUGGUGGUGUCAUCCAUGGUGGUUUGGCCCGGUUGACGGCGGUGGUAAGGAUCAUGGCCACCCAAGCGAUCCAGACUCUCACUCGGACAGCGACCCCGGUUGCAAAGAGGAAAACUGUGUCGCUGCAUGCGCCGGGCAGAGACUCGCAUCAUUCUUGCUCUUCAAGCGGCCUUUUUGCCUUUGUGUCCCACACAAGUGUGACAAGGAUCAUGACAGCGACAGUCCUAGCGACAGUGACAAUGACGAUCCAACAGUCAAGCCACCAAAGCCAACGUCGUUUCCAAAACCUACGAACCCAGCAUGUAAGCUUUUCGGGUGUAAAUGCGGGUGGAUGGGCCUGGGAUUCGGCCCUGGCUGCCCUGACGGCGACAAUAUCUCGCUCAACAUUCCAUGUGGUAUCUUCGGCUGUGACACCUGCAUCUUCUUCGGUUGUCAUAACGGCCCGCGGCCUACGGGUAUCAUAGGUGUCGACGGAUACUGUCCAGGUCCAAAAGGGUGUGAUCCAUGCCCACCACAACUUUGUAGCCUCCCAGGUUGUACCGUUCCGGGUGGUUGUGGGCCGAAGCCUGGCCCUGCGCCAACUAAACCGGCGGACCGACCAGACCCAGAAGAAUGCGACAACAACAUGCGAACCACCAUCACUGAUCGCUUCGUCGUAUGCACGGAGGGUUUUGAUGUUUCGUCCAUGCCUUCUAGCUUACGCUUCAUCGGCGGCGGUACAUCAUCCACGAUGAUUACAUCUGCCUGUAUGCCGCUGGUCGAUGCCACAAGGACCGUCUGCGGGCCGACUAAAGGCUACGACACCACGACAACGGAGACUAAUACCAACACGCUGACCUCCGACGCUCCAGCAUGUACCCGAGCACCGCUCUCUUUGGAUGAUGAUGAGGGAAACAACAAUCCCGAUGAGCCAUCAAACACGUGGACGUUCUCUAGCAUGGGUUCAUCAACCUCAAAAAGCUCUUCCAAGGCGUCGUCUAGCAAUUCUUCGUCGUCCACCACUUCGGCAGCGCCAGCUCCUAGCCAUACACCUAUGGACAGGAACGGCCACUGGACAGUGGACAUUGCUCAGUUCUUGUACGACGACUAUGCGGAGUUUGCAUGGGACCUGUACGAUCCCAAUGGCUUCCAUGCGGGUACGCACCUCACACGCGGUCACAAUAAGGACUCGGAGAUCACUGAAUACAUCCAGAGCGUUAAUCGUCCCUAUGGUGAUUCAAUGCCUUUUGGAGUUGACGUGACCAUUUAUGAACCACACAAUGGUGAUAUGGCCAAAGUCAAUUUUCAGAUCCGCAAGAAGGUCACCGGCUGCGAUAUCAUGUCGGGCAUCGAAUGCAGGCCUUUCAUGACAACAGAAAAUUGCAUUGAGAGUGAGCCGUGGAGGCUGCAGACUUGCGAGGAAGCUUGCAAGAACAACAAACAGAACCCUCCUCUGGUUCCUAAAGACAUGUGGUGCCAGGAUCUCAACGCGCAAGAUUGGCAACCUAUGUAUAAAGGGUUCACUGGAUGGCAGCGUCAUUUCAAGUGUGGUUGGAAGGGAUUUGAUUGAGCGUUCUGUCCUCAAGGCUAAUGGUAAAAGCGUGUGGGUAUUCAGGAGUAGCUCGUACCAAAUUGAGAAUUGUAUUGUGGACAUGUGGGCAAGACUGUAAUUACAUAGAUGGAUGCCAGCCGUAUGUUCCAAUUUCAGAUGCCGUGUCGAUAUUUGGACUGGAUAGCGUAAGCAUAUGGAGCUUUUGAUGUUUGUCUCCAACACGACAUUGCAUCAGGACACUUGCAGACUAUGUGCUUCUUUUCUAUCGUCGGACUGAUACACCAAGUACGUAUUUGUAGGCUCACACAAUGCAUGAAAUUUGGU